GCAUUAAGACUUCCUCUUAGAGAAUGCAGCGCAAGUGAAAGUAAGUCAGACUAGGAAGUGUGUGGACUUUGUGCACAAUGCUGUACGGUUGGAUUUAUAAAAGUUCCGACCUCCUAACAGACAGAAGUCAACUAAACCUCACUGAGCGAUGGGAAACUCUGACUGCUUCAUACAGGUGAGGAAGGAAGAAGAGCAGAACAGUGUUCCUUAAAGGAAAAUCAUGUACUAAAGGCACUGAACAGCUGAUGGACUCCGUCAUCAGUGGAGACUGCGAGACGUCCAUGUCAUUGAAGUUAGAUCUGUGUGCGGAGCAUACAAAAGUAAGGACACAUGGCUUUGACAACACAGUCUGCUUUAAGUUAUGUCAAGAAUGCCCGAUCCCGUCUUGUGGGGAGGUUAAAGAAUCUCCCAGUGAUCCUGGAGAACUUAAAUCAGAAAGAAGUUCUCGGUGAUGAGGAAGUCUGCGACAUAGAGGCAGAGAGAACUGACUAUAGCCAAACAAGAAAAAUACUGGAUUCAGUCAUAAAAAAGGGGGAAGCAGCCUGCUAUGAGUUCCUCAGGAUUGUUUACGUUACAAGGGAACGGACCUUACAGGUUGACCUGCACCCCUGGAUCAGCUGUUUUCCUUUCAAGGAAGACACACAAAUGGAUACAAGCUACUUACAAGGCUCAAGGCCGUGCCACUGGUAUCAGGCAAAGCUGAAGUCAAAAGCACAGAAAAUAUCAAAUGAGUUUUGGAUGGCAAACAAGAAUCUGUUUGAAGAAAACAAACCUGAUCUGUCGUACAUGCCACUUGUAUUAGACACACAAGAAACUGUCUCUCCAUCGAAAAUAAAGAAGCUUAAGAGCAAGAAAAGCAAGUUGAGUCGCCCUAAAAAGCUCAUGACAUACGUCCCUGAGAACAAAGCAGAAACCACUCCAAGUGACCUGCUGAAAAGAGAUGAAAACAUACUCUUGGUUGGUAAACCUGGAAUUGGAAAGACAGCACUCACUCGAGAAAUGUUGAACCUCUGGGCACAAAGAGACAACGAGGAGCUCGAUUACAUGUUUUACUUUGACAUGAGGGAAACAUCUCACAUCAGGAAGGACGCAAGCUUGGAGGAUCUUCUUUUCAACGUGUUCAGUGAACCGGAUGAAGGCAAAGAAGAGGUCUUACAGGACAUAAAGAACAACUCUGACAAUGUUACACUUAUUUUUGAUGGAAUCACAGAUCUGUCUUUAUCAGUGGUGAAGAAACUUGUUGACAAGGACCUACUACCUGACGCCAAGAUCAUCAUGACUUGCAGACCAGAUGAUGAAGAAGAGUUCCUGUCUGAGGACUUUCUCAGAGUGGAAGUGAAAGGCUUUAGUGAGCAGAUCAUUAAAGCAUACCUGUCUGUAAUGCUAGGCGAAGAGCAGAAGAAGGUUUUGAGCAACAUGGAGUUGUUUACUCUUUGUCAUGUCCCAAUGUAUGCACUGAUGGUGGCUGCCUGCUUUUCAUCUGAGACACCGGAAAGCUCUUCAUGCACUAUCACAGAAAUCUACAUCAAUAUUGUUCGUCUUUCCCUUCAAAGAAAUAGCAACACAAAAACCAAACAUCUAAAUUCCUUCAUCAGCAACAAGAGUGAGGAGAUAUUGUCUUUGGCCGAGGUUGCUUUUCACGCAACUGAAGGAAAAACCGUGACCUUGACAGAGAAUCCCUGUGAAGACAGCUGCGUCCUUUCCUUCCUGAAACCACUUGUUAUCAAAACCGCCCCUACUGAGACAAUGACCACAUACGCAUUUCUCCAUUACACAAUGCAGGAGUUUUUUGCAGCGCUGUGGCUCUUGAAGAACCCAGAUAAAAUCAAGGAUGUUUUUCAGCAAUGCCUCACUGAGCAGAAGAAACACAUGAAGCACCUGAUCCCUUUCAUGUGUAGACUGUUGAAUGAGACGAGCCCUAGUUUGAUGAAGUAUCUGAUUCCAGCUGAGGAGCUCAAGAAUACAUCUAACUGGUUCUUCAAGGAAAUGAUAACCACAUUUUUUCCUUGUCUGUGUAAGGCUGAUACUGAGGACGAUGGACUUGAUGUGGACAUACUGUUCUUAUGUCAGUGCUUGUAUGAGUCCCAGUGUGCUGAAGCAUGCAUCCAACUUCUGGACAAACUGGACUAUCGGCUUGAUCUCAGUGGAAAGAGUUUUGAUCCUUUACCUUGCUGUGCUGUGGCCUAUGUGGUGACUCAGUCCAAAGAGCGGAAAAUAUGGCUCAACCUUGAGGACGUCAUGUUAUCAGACCAAGGAAUCAAACGACUUUUUGGUUGUCUUCAAAAUGUCCAAUGGUGUGACCCUCUACCACGGCAGCUGUGGAGGAUUUUACUUCUCAGUGAAGGGCAGAUGGACCACCUCAGCUUACUUGGCCUUGAUGGAAAUCAGUUGCACCUUCCAGUUGAGGGUAAAAGACGGCUGUUUGAAAGAGCGGUUGCAGUCAUGCAGAAGAUGACUACAAAGGUUAAUGUCUGCCUCCACUGGGAGAGGGAAACUCCUGCCUGCCAGAGUCUGUGCAAGUCCCUCUUUGGUGCUUUGCCAUAUAUCAGCUCACUCAGCUUCAGAAAGUCCUACAGAGGUCCAGGAUUACGGGACCAGAAGCAAAGCCAUGGGACGCUGGAGAGGGAAGAAAAGCAGCUGUUACUGGAUUUAUGCCUGAAAGCAACACUUCACGAAGGAGAGCACUUUCAUGGUUUAGUGAAUGGACUCCUGUCAUUGUUUUCUGUUCACAGUGACUUAAAUAUCAUCCUUGAUUUUUAUCAACAUGUCAAGAGUGAAAGGGGUUCAAGUGUCAUUCCAAAACUGCGGCCAGUUUUCCAGUUACCUCCUGCAGUCUGGUCCGUAAACCUCUCAGAGAGAAAGACCUCCAUCCUCCUGGAAGUGCUGAAACUCCAGUCAGAGAAGAAACAAGUGGAGCUGACAGGCUGGUCAGAUGAUGAGAGUGAAGUGAGGAGCUUCCUACAGUGUCUGCCUUAUAUCUCACAGCUCAGUUUUUCUUGUUGGUCUUUAACCCAGGAUAAACUCAGGUUGUGUGGGAAACUGUUCUGUGCAGCAGCAGAGAGAGAACAGCAGACAGGAGAGAAGACACUGAAGCUGUUAUCAUCAGUGUGCAGAUACAAAUCAUUCCCUUUUAAAGUCAUAAAUGAUAACGAUGAUUAUAUGAAGAGGAAAUAUCAGGGUGAUCUCCUGCUGGACCUUUACUCCUACCUGAAGGACUAUGAGACUAAAACAGCCUCAAGUGUCCUCCCAUCAUUACAGUCAGUUUUGCAGUCAGUUCCUGUAGUCUGGUCCAUAAACCUCUCAGAGAAAAAGACAUCCAUCCUCCUGGAAGUGCUGAAACUCCAGUCAGAGAAGAAAAAAGUGAAGCUGACAGGCUGGUCAGAUGAAGAGAGUGAAGUGAGGAGCUUCCUACAGUGUCUGCCUUAUAUCUCACAGCUCAGCUUUGAUCCUCGCUGGUCAGAUACUUCUAAAGAGGCCGAGUUCUUGGCGAAUCUGUUCUGUGCAGCAGCAGAGAGAGAACAGCAGGCAAGAGAGAAGAUACUGAAGCUGCUGUCAUCAGUGUGCAGCUAUGAGACAUUCCCUUUUAAAAUCAUAAAUGAUGGUAAUGAAUGUCAGUGUGACUUCCUGCUGGAUCUUUGCUCUCAUGUGAAAGACUAUGAGGCUAAAACAGGCCUGAGUGUCCUUCCGUCAUUACAGUCAGUUUUCCAGUCAGCUCCUGCAGUCUGGUCCGUAAACCUCUCAAAGAGAAAAACCUCCGUCCUCCUGGAAGUGCUGAAACUCAAGUCAGAGGAGACAGGAGUGGUGCUGACAGGCUGGUCAGAUGAAGAGAGUGAAUUGAGGAGCUUCCUACAGUGUCUACCUUAUAUCUCACAGCUCAGUUUCUCUCACCGGUUUGGAGUGUCAGUACAGGUCAAGUUCUUUGGAGAUCUGUUCUGUGCAGCAGUAAAGAGAGAACAGCAGACAGGAGAAAAGGUGCUGGAGCUCCUUACAUCAGUGUGCAGAUGCAAAACAUUUUGUCUUAAUGUGAAAUGGUGUGAUCUCCUGCUGGAUCUUUGCUCCUACCUGAAGGACUAUGAGACUAAAACAGGCCUGAGUGUCCUUCCGUCAUUACAGUCAGUUUUCCAGUCACCUCCUGCAGUCUGGUCCGUAAACCUCUCAAAGAGAAAAGCAUCCAUCCUCCUGGAAGUGCUGAAACUCCAGUCAGAGAAGAAACAAGUGGAGCUGACAGGCUGGUCAGGUGAAGAGAGUGAAGUGAGGAGCUUCCUACAGUGUCUGCCUUUUAUCUCACAGCUCAGUUUGCUUUCUCAGUGGGCAGAUCCUUUUAAAGGGGCCAAGUUCAUUGGGAAUCUGUUCUGUGCAGCAGCAGAGAGAGAACAGCAGACAGGAGAGAAGAUACUGGUGCUGUUAUCGUCAAUGUGCAGAUUUGAGACAUUCCCUCUUGAAGAAACCUGGUGUGAUUUUAUGCUGGAUCUAUACAUCCACAUGAAGAACUACGAGGCUAAAACAGGUCUGAGUGUUCUUCCAUCAUUACAGUCAGUUUUCCAGUCAGCACCUAAAAUCUUUUACAUAAACCUCUGUGAGAGACAGAUGUCCAAUCUUGCGGAAGUGCUGAAACUCCAGUCAGAGAAGAAACAAGUGGUGCUGACAGGCUGGUCAGAUGAAGAGAGUGAAGUGAGGAGCUUCCUACAGUGUCUGCCUUAUAUCUCACAGCUCAGGUUCAGUAUCCAGUUUGGAGUCUCAGCGCAAGUCAAGUUCUUUGGGAAUCUGUUCUGUGCUGCAGUCGAGAGAGAACAGCAGACAAGAGAGAAGAUACUGAACCAGAUAUCAUCACUGUCCAUAUAUCAAACACUCCUUCAUAGAAAUAACAGCUGUGAUUUCCUGCUGGAUCUCUGCUCUCAUGUGAAGGACUAUGAGACUAAAACAGGCCUGAGUGUCCUUCCGUCAUUACAGUCAGUUUUCCAGUUACCUCCUGCAGUCUGGUCCGUAAACCUCUCAGAGAGAAAGACCUCCAUCCUCCUGGAAGUGCUGAAACUCCAGUCAGAGAAGAAACAAGUGGUGCUGACAGGCUGGUCAGAUGAAGAGAGUGAAGUGAGGAGCUUCCUACUGUGUCUGCCUUAUAUCUCACAGCUCAGGUUCAGUAUCCAGCUUGGAGUCUCAGCGCAAGUCAAGUUCUUUGGGAAUCUCUUCUGUGCCACAGUCGAGAGUGAACAGCAGACAAGAGAGAAGAUACUGAACCAGAUAUCAUCACUGUCCAUAUAUCAAACACUCCUUCAUAGAAAUAACAGCUGUGAUCUCCUGCUGGAGCUCUGCUCUCAUGUGAAGGACUAUGAGACUAAAACAGGCCUGAGUGUCCUUCCGUCAUUACAGUCAGUUUUCCAGUUACCUCCUGCAGUCUGGUCCGUAAACCUCUCAGAGAGAAAGACCUCCAUCCUCCUGGAAGUGCUGAAACUCCAGUCAGAGAAGAAACAAGUGGUGCUGACAGGCUGGUCAGAUCAUGAGAGUGAAGUGAGGAACUUCCUACAGUAUCUGCCUUAUAUCUCACAGCUCAGGCUUUCAAAUGACAUGGUCUUGCUAAUGUGUCGAUGGGUAAGAAGAGGAACAGUGGCCUGUUCGGUGACUAUUGAAGAACUUUCUCUCUCACCUCAGACAGCCCAACCAUCAGACAGAGUAUUGUUGAGGGUUGUCAGUAGUUUGGCGUCCCUGCUGAGAUACUGGACAGUCAGACGGUUAGACCUGACUGAGCUCUGUGUUCCUGCUCAGGGUCUCAUUCCACUGCUGCUCCAUGAUGGCCCUCUAACAAUCAAACUGAAUGGAAAUCUUGUCCAGCAGCUACUCUCCCUCUCCCAUGAAAUCCAGCACGACUUGACUUGGCCCCUCUUGAGUAAAGUUGGUGGAGACUUGCUCUCUGGACUCGUAGCUUCUUCAGCAUCUGCUGCUGUAGUCGUCAUCUCAGAUCCACUGUGACCCUGAGGAAGAACAGCUUCUUACAGGAGAGCAUCACAUGUCUGCUUCCCUUUGGGGACAGGAUUGUGUUUCACAGGUGAUCAGUUUGCAUUUAGGGCCAGAUCUACUAAAGGUUUGCGUGUAUAAAAACGUGUGCAAACUCAUUGCACACGCAAAAAAAUGUACAAACUGAUUUACUAACAGUGCGCACUAAGGGUUGCGAGUAAUUUCCGAGAAGUUAUGAUGAAAUAAAAAAUAUUACAGACCACAGAAUAGGACUGACAACCUUUUUUUUUUUUUGCUGCUGCUGGUCUAUAAUAUUGUUGGCUAUAUUUCGCAUUUUAAUAAAAAAAAAAGAAUAAAAGAAAUAAACACCGAAAUAAUUAGUGGAAACUUUUUUUUUUUAUUGAUGAAUGAAUGAAUGAAUGAACAUUGGAAGCGGUUCAGCCGCAGUCCCGCCGGCUGGUGCGGUCACUGUUGAGAUUACAUUUGUUUUUUAUGAUUAACAAAAUGUUUUUUUAUUGACUGUAUGAAUGGUUUUGUUUUCAAAUAAAUAUUUGGAAACGAAAAUGUAUGCUUUGGUGUACUUGGUGUAGAGUUUUGCAAUAUGUAUAGCUACCUGUAUGUAUCAAAAUGAAUAAUUUUCAAAAUUAAAUUAAAUUUUU